AUGUCGUCCACUGACAUGUCCGCGGUGCUUGACAUCCUGCGCUCUCUCUACCAGCACACCCGGACUCUGGAGGAGUUUGCGGACAGCCUCGUGUUCAGAGAGGGCCACAUGGCGGUGCUGGUGGAGCACACUGACAAUGCUCGCUUCAAGUCUUUCGUCCGGACUGUUUAUGUCUGUUCUGACAAGGAGCUGAAGCAAAUACCGAGCUGCAGCCAGAUCUGCUCUCUGCCUGAACUGUUGGCCUUCGUUCUCAAUAGUGUGAAAAGAAAAUGGAAACGAAACGUCUUGGCACACGGCUACAAUUUUCGCUCUGUUGCUCAGGAGGAGCGGGAUGCAGACCACUUUAAAUUUCAAGGAGAUAUAACUCAAAGUGCCGCUUACAUCCAUGGCAGUGACUUGUGGAAAAAGGUCUCAGUACGUCUCGGCACGGACAUCACACGGUACCUGUUGGAGAGCUGCUCUGUGUUCGUGGCAGUCCCCCCUUCGUGUGUUUUCCAGGUGAGUGGCACUCCUGUGUAUGACAGGGUCUCCAUGGCUACUGCCAUCCCCAGAUUUUAUCUCCAGCCUCGUCACAGGGCACAUAACGGUACCCAGUUUGGAAAGUAUCAAGGGUCGGUGACCUUGAAAAAGAGACACAAAGUUGAGAAGCAAACAGUCAGCAAGAUGAGGAACAGAGCAGAUGUAAAAGUGAAGAGGGGGAAAAGAAAGAGAGAGACUGAUCAGAAGGAUGACAAGGCGCUUAUGACAUGUUCAGGAAAGAGAAGACGAAUAGGACAGCAAGAGCCCACACAAGACAUCCAUCAGGUGUGUAGUGAGACAGUGGAGGAAGAGCAGCCCAUGUCUGUGGAACAUACAUCAUCUGGGAAGCCUUUGGAAGAUGGCGGUACUGGUUCUAAACAGCCUGUUGACGUUCCCACAACAAUCACUCCCUUGGAGGGAGGACCCAGUUGGAGAUCGGGGGUUUUUCCCCCAUUACCUCCCUCGCAGUGUUUUAUUCGCACGCUGGGAAUCCUGUAUGGGGGAAGGGGAAUGCAUAGCUUUCUUCUCAACAGGAAAAAGAAGAGUGGUGUCGGAUCCAAGAGGCUACAGGGAAAAGAUCUGGUGAGAAUAGUCUUCUUUGAAGGACUCGCUUAUCUAAAGGGGCUUGAGAGGAAUCCAAAAAAACUCCCCCGGCGCUUUUUCAACAUGGUCCCCCUGUUCAGGCAGCUGCUGUGUCAACACAGGAGAUGUCCGUACAGCAGAAUUCUGCAGAGGAUGUGUCCACUGCUGGAGGAGAGAAAGGCAGGACAGGAAGAGCUGAUCUCCCUUUUGCCUCAACGCUGUGCACCUCAUAGGGUGUACUUGUUUGUCAGGGAGUGUCUCUCCGCUGUGAUCCCACAUGAGCUGUGGGGCUCUGACCACAACCGACUUCAUUUCUUUGCAAGGGUCAGGGGCUUCCUGCGCAGCGGCAAGUUUGAGAGGCUCUCUGUGGCUGAACUGCUGUGGAAGAUGAAGGUGAAUGACUGUAAUUGGUUGAAGAUCAGUAAGACAGGUAGGGUCCCGCCCAGUGAGCUCUCUUUCCGGACACGGAUCCUGGGUCAGUUCUUGGCUUGGGCUCUGGAUGGCUUUGUUGUAAGCCUCGUCCGAGCCUCCUUCUAUGUCACUGAGAGCGUGGGACAGAAGAACGCCCUCAGGUUCUAUAGACAGGAAGUCUGGGCCAAACUGCAGGAUCUGGCCUUCAGAGGUCACCUUUCCAAGGGCCAGAUGGAAGAGUUGACGCCAACACAGAUCGCCUCCCUCCCCAAAGCUACGGUCCUCUCCCGCCUUCGCUUCAUCCCCAAGACUGACGGCAUGAGGCCGAUCACGCGAGUCAUAGGAGCUGAUGCCAAAACUAGGCUUUACCAAAGUCGUGUCCGGGACUUGCUGGAUAUGCUGCGGGCCUGUGUGCGCUGCACUCCCUCUCUCCUGGGCUCCACAGUGUGGGGGAUGACGGACAUUCACAAGGUUUUGCACUCUCUGGCUGUGGUGCAGAAGGACAAGCCCCAACCCCUCUACUUCGUUAAGGUGGAUGUGAGUGGAGCCUAUGAGAGUCUGCCUCAUGAAAAACUCAUUGAGGUGGUUGGCGAGGUGCUCUCACCUGACCACGAUGAACUGUUCACCACCCGCCGCUACGCCAAGAUCUGGGUCGAUUCCCACGAAGGCCUGAAAAAGUCCUUUAUUAGACAGACAGACUUCCUGGAGGACAACAUAGGAUCCACCAACAUGAAAGGGUUUGUGAUGUCACUGCAGAAAAAAGGGAAAGUCCAUCAUGCCAUUCUGGUGGAGCAGCUUUUCACCUCAGAUCUUCACAGCAGAGAAGUGUCACAGUUUUUCACCCAAAUGUUAACUGGCAGUGUUGUUCAGUUUGGCAAAAAAACGUACCGUCAGUGCAGAGGAAUUCCUCAGGGAUCGGUUGUGUCCAGUCUGCUCUGCUGUCUCUGCUACGGUCACAUGGAGAAUGCCCUGUUCAAAGAUGUUUCUAAAAGCAAAGGGUGUCUGAUGAGACUGGUGGAUGACUUCCUUCUCAUCACCCCAGACUUGCAUGAAGCACAAACCUUCCUCAAGAUCCUGCUGGGUGGUGUACCACAGUAUGGCUUAGUGGUCAACCCACAGAAGGUGGUGCUCAACUUUCAAGCAUCAGGAAGCAUUGAUUCUUGUCCCGACAUCCGUGUGCUGCCCCCUCACUGCCUCUUCCCCUGGUGUGGACUGCUGCUGGACACGCGCUCUCUGGACGUCCACAAAGAUUACUCAAGUUAUGCAGGCCUUUCUUUACGCUACAGCCUGACUUUGGGCUCCUUCCACUCAGCCGGACAGCAAAUGAAAAGGAAACUGACGUCCAUCCUCAGACUCAAAUGUCACGCCCUGUUCGUGGACCUGAAGACCAAUUCUCUUGAGGCAGUCUACAAGAACAUCUAUAAGCUGGUGCUGCUUCAUGCAUGCAGGUUCCAUGUCUGUGCCCGGAGUUUGCCCUUUGGCCAGACUGUUGAUAAGAACCCUGUAUACUUCCUGAAAAUGAUAUGGGACAUGGCUAAGUAUACCAAUCAUCUCAUCAGGCACAGCAACAAAGGUCUGGUUUUAGGCAGUAAGGCUCAGACGGGCGUUGUGCAGUAUGAAGCAGUGGAGUUGAUUUUCUGUCUUUCCUUCCUGUUGGUGCUGUCCCAGCAUCGGCCUCUGUAUAAGGAUCUGCUCCCAUGCCUGCACAAACGGAAGCGCAGUCUGGAGCGGCGCCUGGGGGACAUGAGGUUGGCCAGAGUCCGACAGGCCACUAACCCCAGGACUCCAGUUGACUUCCUGUCCAUCCAGAUGUAGAGUACAAGCUCGCCCGAGUUACAGCUCCCAGAAACUAAGAAACCCUCAGCAGCUCAAAGGUAUCUAGCAGCUCUGACAUUUUUAAUGCUUUGAGUGUUGUCUAUUCUCCAAAAUCCUCAGAUUUUGAUGUAAUACAAACUUCUUCCUUUUUUUAUUUUUUUCAUAUACUUUGCUUGUCUCAUCCUCAGGUUUCAAGAGACUGAGAUGAGCUGUGUUGAAAUCAGUCAUUUGGAUUUAUCUGACCUGUCAUUGUGCCAAAACAAUAAUGAUAUAUCUGUGACCAUGGCUGACAACAGAGAGAGAAAAAAGCUCUUAGUAAUGUUAUAUCAAACAAUUAAAUGAUAAAGUAAAGUAAUAAACACACCCAACAAAACAAUAACAAGCUCCUCAACAAUAAAGAUGGAUAAUUCAUAUUUCUCCAGCUACCAUAGCGGUCCUUGUCUCGACUCUGAGCAGUUUCUCUCUCUGGACUUUGAUUUACACUUUGCGGUAAUUUUCCACGAACAACACAUGAUGUGACUUUGCAAACUAAUUAAUAAGAAAAUCAAGUAAGUAAGUAAAAUAUUUUUUGCACAAUAUGACGUAGAAGCAGCUCUUUACGCUGCACUAAUCUCUCAGAAACAUCUCAUGCAGAAGUGUUUGUGUUCAAAUGUAAGAUUUUGUAAAUGAGGAAUCAAAGGCGGUUGUGUGUGUUUCAGUUUGAUGUGUUACACUGAAUGUUAUUUACAUCAAGUUCAUUUACUGUGUAAUGUGCAUGAUGUGAAUAACAAAGUAAAGAAUUUGAAUGUUCAAUAAAUCCAGUUUUGCUUUUGAGUUAACAAAUGCAAGUUGUCAUAUGUCAGGUUAUAAAAUCCUGCUAAUUUAAACAGAAGUUAAUAGACAAAGUUUAAAAUGUCAGAUUAU